ACCAACUUGGUCAGCGCGAUCGUCUUUCUCUAUGACUCUCUCACAGGGGUGCCCAUCUUGGCGGUGAGCUUCUUCUCCCUGAAGUCGGACUCGGCGCCCCCAUGGAUGGUGCUGGCCGUGCUGUGGUGCUCCAUGGCGCAGACGCUGCUGCUGCCCUCGUUCAUCUGGUCCUGCGAGCGCUACCGCGCCGACGUGCGCACCGUGUGGGAGCAGUGCGUGGCCCUCAUGUCCGAGGAGGACGGUGACGACGACGGGGGCUGUGAUGACUAUGCAGAUGGCCGAGUGUGCAAAGUUCGCUUUGACGCCAACGGGGCCACGGGGCCAGGGGCCCGGGACCCCUCCCAGGUGAAGCUGCUGCCUGGGAGGCACAUGCUCUUCCCUCCUCUCGAGAGAGUCCACUACCUGCAGGUCCCUCUGUCCCGCCGCCUGUCCCAGGAGAUCAACAUCUUCUCCACCCCUCGGGCACCAGGCUCCUUCCUGCACAAGUGGUCAUCUUCUGAUGACAUCCGGGUCCUCCCAGCCCAGAGCAGGGCCCUUGGGGGCUCUCCUGGGUACCUGGGACAAAGACACAGGCUGGAGGACGAGGAGGAGGAGGAGGCUGAAGGUGGGGGACUGACCAGCCUUCGCCAGUUCCUGGAGAGUGGGGCUCUGGGGUCUGCUGGGGGACCCCCUCGGGGUCCGGGCUUCUUCCGGGAGGAGAUCACCACCUUCAUUGACGAGACGCCUCUGCCUUCCCCGACGGCCUCGCCAGGGCCCUCUCCUCGCCGGCCGCGGCCCCCGGGCCUUUCGCCCCGCAGACUCUCCCUUGGGUCCCCUGGGAGCAGAGCUGUCGGACUCCCUCCGGGGCUGAGUGCGGGGAGACGCUGCUCCCUGACGGGCGGUGAGGAGAGUGUGAGGGCGUGGGGAGGGACCUGGGGCCCGGGGAGCCCCAUCUUCCCCCAGCUGACUCUGUAGCUCAGGGGGGCCUGCUGGACUCUGAGGGGCCUGGGUGAGCCACGCCUCCUUCCGGCCCUGAGCCUAGGGCAGCUGCCUCCUGACUCCAGGGGGGCUGCGCCUCCCGUCCCAGUGACCAGGCGCCCUCCUCACCCUCCAUCUUACUUAGCAAACUAUUAAAGUCUGAAGUGUUGCCAUGGAAA